CAUUAUUGUUUCUAUUUGAUUGGUGAAGAGGCUGAAAAAAAACAACUAAAUCAGCUUUACGAUAACCAGGACGGAGAGCGUUCCAGAAAUUUUCAGAGAAAGGGGAAAAUUCGCUGUUAUUCUGGGAAUUUCCAGGAACUGAAGAUGAUCGAGGUGGUUUGCAACGAUCGCCUGGGCAAGAAAGUCCGGGUUAAGUGCAACUCUGAGGAUAGCAUUGGGGAUCUGAAGAAGCUCAUUGCGGCCCAGACGGGAACGCGAUAUGAUAAGAUUGUGUUAAAGAAAUGGUAUACCAUAUUCAAGGACCACGUGACCCUGGGUGACUAUGAGAUCCAUGAUGGGAUGAACCUGGAAUUGUACUACCAGUAGAUCCGAAGACAACUCUUGUCCAUGCUACACAGACAAGCCUCCUCCUUCAGACACACACACACACACACACACACAUAUAUGCAGAGAUAGAAUCGCUAGAAUUUGUUGCAGGAAACCACUAUGAUCAGACAGCACAGCUGAAAGAGAAGGAGCAGCAUCUCCACAGCGGAAAACCAUACAGACAGGACAUUGAUCUCAGUUUUAGCUCACCAUCUUUUCCCUCAAAUUACAUGAAAGACAUGUCGUUGUUGUUUUUGUUCUACAAUUUUUGUUUUGAUAUUUUAGAAAUAAAGCAAAUGUUUACCUACCUACAAGUCUGA